CCCGGGAGACCGUGCGACAGCCAGGCUAACAGUGACAAAUUUGCAUGGCUGCGCCAAUGGCACUUGCGGGAUGGAAUCUUGGCUUACAGGCGCUAGCUUAGCGCUGGAUUUAGUGUCACUGGCUGGCAGCCUCCUGCACUUCAUCACGCAUCCUCCCACUAUCAUUCGACAACACCCCCGCAAAGCUUCUGCAAGCACACUCGCGUCGGCACACUUCUACGAUCGUCGAUUGGCCCAUCCUUCACGAUUCUCGAGAUAGUGCUCCUCGACCUGCUGUCAGCGUGAUCCCUGGUCGUCGGUUCCUUCUGCGCUCCCCGCGCUGCUCUGGUGUCGUCCCAUGGGCCAGCUCACAAGCAACUUGGACGUUCAGGCGCAUCCUGUGCCUCGCAUUUGCCAGUUUCGGUAGAAUUGGAUUAUCGCUUCGGAAUUGGAACUGCGCUAAAUGCAUCCUGGACUUAUUGCGCUUUGCUAUUGGCUCCGACAUCAUCGAGGCUACGAGAAUUUGUCACGCUUCUGCCGUGUGUCUGUGACUCUGUCUCCCUCAGUACCCUUCAGAGGGAAAAGUGAACACUGCCAUUGUUCGUGCCUUUGGGGUAUACCUCUUCCUGCUAUACAUCAAGGCGUGAUUGCGUUGGCAGUGUGGAACACCCAGACCUAUAUCGCCGAAUCGUGAAACCAAGAGCAAUCAUUUAUCAUGCCAACAGAGCUCGAAGGAACUCGUCGUGGCACAAGUCACCGGAUAGCUCGGACACACGAUAUUUGCGAUACAUCCAUGGCCAAUCAAUCCUCCAGCCGCCCAAUAUGGCAAGGAGUUAGAUCCAAUCAUCCUGCAUCGAACCCCCAGGGUGCAUAGGCGCCGAAGUCGACGGUAGCCAAAAAGACUCCAAAAUUAUCCAAAAUUAGCCUGGAAGUGUUGGGACUAACAAACUAACCUAAACUCACCGGUUCUCUAGCCUCUUUUCGCCUUCCCUGUCUAUGCAUGAUUCCCUCCCCUGCUCAACACUAACUUAGUGGCAGCGGGCGAUCUCCAAUCAUUUCCCCCACCAAUCCCAUCUCACCCUCCCACCACCCAAUUUUCUCCUUCGGCUAUCUGAGUUCCAAAAUAGAAACACCAUGGAGUUGGGCUCGAGCUUUAAAGGUUCCUCGAUCCCACGAGCCAGCUUCCUUUGCGCCUCUCCGUUUCCGCAGCGUCGUCCCCAGUCGCCUCGUCCUUCGGCAAUCGCGCCUUCCACUCCCUUGCGAUACUUAAUCAGAUAGCAAAGGCUGCUGGUCCAGUCUUUCACCCUAAUAUUAGCGUCUACUAUAUCUGGCAAAGCAGCUCGACUGUCCAUCACUGCUCAUCCGGUCCUUAUCGACUGCUUUCCGUGUCUUCCGUUCAUAACAGACCCGACAAUCAACCUGAAAUAGUCACAAUGCCGGCAGCUUCAAGAAAGAAGGUCAAUGCCGCUGCUGCAAAGCGAGCAGCCGAAUCACAAUCGUCAUCUGGCAGUGAAAGUACUCCAAAGCCUGAGACGGCCACCAAGUCCCACAAGCGGUCUCGCUCAGGUUGCUUUACAUGCCGCCUUCGCCGAAAGAAAUGUGAUGAAAAGCACCCGUCAUGUGGAGCCUGCAGUAACCUCUGCGUGAAAUGCGAAUACAAACGCCCAGUCUGGUGGGGGAAUGCAGAGCAGCGAAAGCUUCAGAAGGAGCGGAUCAAGAACAAAAUUAAGCAGACCAAGAUGAAUGAGCGCAAUGGAUCUCUAACUCUAGAUCCCGCAACUCACGCGCGAAACAUGGCAGCGGCUUCACCAACUUCUCCUGAGUUCGAAUAUGGCCGUCCAUUAGCUGAGCCCACAUACGAUAUGUUCGCAUCUCAUUUACCAACUCCUGCCUUGAGCCAAACUGUCUAUAACCAGCCCUAUCCCUAUGAAGUUGAUGUCAAAACAGAGCGACAGACAUUUGUCAACGACAUUCAGUUGCGGCAUGAUUCGAUAUCAUCAACGUUCAGCACAUUUGCGCCACCCCAGCUGAAUGCGCCUCUUCCUACAUUCCCCGGCGACGAGUGGUUUCAUGAUGAGUACUUCAGGACGCCCGCGCUCCCUGGAAUCGACCCCGCUCUUUCCGAGCAAGUUGUUGCAGAGCCGUAUAGUAUGUUGCAGAAUAUCCCUGUCAGUGACCAUGACCGACCGCUACUCGAGCACUUCAUCCACAAUGUCUUGCGCAUGAGCUUCCCGGUUCUCGAGGCGCACCAACGCGGACAUCUGCGUGCGCAGGAAAUCCUUCAAGCUCUGGAAACAAACAGGUGCUAUCUCCACUGCUGCCUUAGUGUUGCUGCCAUCCACCUGAAGACAACGGAGGGAAUUACCGGAGAACAGAUCGAUCACGACAUCAUGCGCAAUCGGUUCGAAGCGAUCUCGCAGCUAUGCCAAGCUCUCGCCGAGGAUUCUGAGCACCAAGAGAUCUUGGAUGCUACAUUGGCCAUGAUCUUCUUCUACUGCUCUGUGGGUCCGGCUGACGAUAAUCUUCCCGAUAUUCCUUGGUUAGAUCACUUUCAAGCAGCUGCGAACCUGGUGCAACGACUCGGUCUGACUACCACCGCGCCAAACCCAUAUGUGCUUCCCCCGUUUAGCAUGACUUUGACCUCUUGGAUCGAUAUUCUCGGUUCGACAAUGUAUCAACGGACACCUGAAUUUGCUCACACCUACCGAUCAAAACACCUGGGUGGAGUGUCUCUAGGGUUGCGGGAGCUCAUGGGCUGCGAAGAUCGCGUGAUGUACCUUAUCUCGGAAAUCGCUUGCCUGGAUGCGCUGAAGGCAGAAGGCAGAGUCGAUGAAAUGCAAGUCUGCUCCCAUGUCUCGGCUCUUGGACAGCAGCUCGAGUUCACCGAGCCCGCCGACCAGAUCAUGGAGAGCCCCUUCUCCGCAACAACCGGCCUCAUUCGCCCGGAGAUCUUGACAAAGAACAUGACUGCAGUUUUCCGGAUCGCUGCCCGAAUCUACCUUUGCAGCCUUGUCCCUGGUUUCGAGCCAAGUCAGCCCAGCAACCUCAACCUCGUUCAGGCGCUCGCAAACACCCUGCAAUUCAUUCCUUCGGGUCCCAACGGAUACGACCGCUCGCUUGUUUGGCCGCUGUUCAUUGCUGGAGUUUACUCGACACCAAGCAGCCAGUUCCGGACAGUCCUGGCUGAACGCGCUGCUACUCUUGGUGAUCACGCUCAUCUUGGCAGCUUUGGCCGGAUGUACCGAGUACUUCACGAAGUAUGGCGACUCACCGACGAACCCCUCGAGAUCUGCAUCAACACCGACGAGAGCACGUCUUCAUCGUCCAAGACUACUAGCCCUGUGAAGGUUGAAUUCCCUAGCUCCCCCAAGGAAGACCAGCCCAGCUGGCCGACGAAAGAAGGCAAGAAGCACCACUGGCGCGACAUCAUGCAGCAGAACGGCUGGAAUUACCUUCUCCUCUAAGCUCGACAAGUUCGAUGCAAAGCCACGUUUGCUUCUCAAUGAGAUUGAAUCUCAAGCGUCGGGAUGUCUCUUGACGAGACCUCGUACAAGCUGGCUUGUACCUGCGACCAUUUUUGUGAAAUUAUGUUUUCAAAUCUUCGAAUAAUCUACCAUUCGUUAUAUACCCAUUUCGUUUUGAAUUCGUGGGUUUUCUUUUCUUUUCACUGCAGGCCAGGGAAGGACUGCCUCGAAGCCAUCUGUCGAGGCGACGCUCCUUUUGGGGAUCACUGCUGGGACACGUUCGAAUCAUCUUUCUCUCCACCGAUGAACAUGGGAUCAUGCGGUGUUAUUGGUGCUUUUUUUGCUUGGAUUGGGAGUGUGAUGGAAUUUUCAUGGUUAUGACACUAGUUCCAGCAACUGGGCUACGACCAACAGCUGGACUACUUAUUCUUCCCUCUCAUGGCUUCGGUGUCAUUUUGGAUUGGCUGGUCUACCCCUCCCCCCUACACUCGCUAGGUUGCGUGUUUGUAUCUAUCUAUACCUGUGGUAUCAGAACGGCGAAUGGAGUAUUUACGGCUAGACUCGAUGAGCCUUCAAUGGCACAGACACUCAUAAGAAUCAUACCUGUGGUCCAU